CCCGCCCGCCCGCCCGGCGCCGCACCCGGCUCCGCACCCGGCACUCGGAUUUACGGCGCGGAUUGCAGCCUCCGGAGCGGCCCGGCAGGAAUGGAGGGAUGCAGGUACAGCUGGGAGCAGCAGGGCACCAGCACAGCCUUUUGGGAUAGGCGUGAAGGGGAUUGCCUGUGAGGACACAGCAGGAGCCCCCCCGACCCUGGAGGAACCUGGGAUCUCACUGGGAACAGGGAGAGCUCCCCUUCCACUCUGUCACCUGCCGUAUUUCCAGGGAUCUAUACCAGGAUUUGGGGCUUGGAGCCUGGAAGCUUCUUAGUGCCAUAGGACUGCUGGAGAGCCUGACAGCGAUGGGGGACCCACCAGCGAGGAGGGACGUUCCUCCAGGAGGCCCUGCACAGCCGUGAGCCCUGGCUGCUGGUGGUGGAGGGUGCCUGGGGCUGGGCUGCUCAGCCAGCCCUGGGCUGGGGGCAGAGCCACGGUGCCUGCAGGGCACGGCCCCUGAGGGGCGAAGGGCCGGCGCGGGGUCUGCAGGGGCAGCCCCGAGCCCCGGGACAGUGGGGCUGCCAGCCGAGCCACUGCUCCUGCAGGCACCUCCCCCUGGGGCGGCAGCGGGGGACAGAGCGGCGCUGGGUCCCUGGGCCGGCCGCGGAUGCGCCCCCGCGCCCCGCCGGCGGGAGCGCUCCCCUAGCGCCGAGGGCCGCAGGGCCGCCCGCCUCACCAUGGUGCUGCCGCCGCCAGACAGGCGCCACGUCUGCCUCACCACCAUCGUCAUCAUGACCAGCAUGGCCUUCAUGGACGCCUACCUGGUGGAGCAGAACCAGGGGCCCCGCAAGAUCGGCGUCUGCAUCAUCGUGCUGGUGGGGGACAUCUGCUUCCUCAUCGUGCUGCGCUACGUGGCCGUGUGGGUGGGUGCCGAGGUGAAGACGGCCAAGCGGGGCUACGCCAUGAUCCUGUGGUUCCUCUACAUCUUCGUGCUGGAGAUCAAGCUAUAUUUCAUCUUUCAGAAUUACAAGGCGGACAAGAAGAACCUGGAGACGGUGGCCAGGAAAGCUCUGACCCUGCUGCUCUCCAUCUGUGUGCCGGGGCUCUACCUGGUGCUGGUGGCCUUGGACAGCAUGGAGUACAUACGGACCUUUCGGAAGAAAGAGGACUUGCGGGGACGCCUCUUCUGGGUGGCCCUUGACCUGCUGGAUAUCUUGGACAUCCAGGCCAACCUGUGGGAGCCACACAGGACCGGCCUGCCCAUCUGGGCAGAGGGGCUCAUGUUCUUCUACUGCUACAUACUCCUGCUGAUCCUGCCUUGCGUGUCCCUCAGUGAGAUCAGCAUGCAAGGGGAGCACAUUGCCCCGCAAAAAAUGAUGCUCUACCCCGUCCUCAGCCUGGUCACCAUCAACAUCGUCACCAUCUUCAUCCGGGCCAUCAACAUGAUCUUGUUCCAGGACAGCAGGGUCUCCACCAUCUUUAUCGGCAAGAACAUCAUCGCCAUCGCCACCAAGGCGUGCACCUUCCUGGAGUACAAGCGACAGGUGAAGGAGUUCCCGCAGAACGCCAUCGCCCUGGAGCUCCAGCAGAACUCCCUCUCACACAACCAGACCAUGCACAGCGCACAGGGCAUCCCCCACGAGCCGUCACCCACCAGCGAGAUCCUGGACACAUGAGGGGUCCCCUGGGCCGGUGUUGGUUCGGAUGGCCCCGUGCCGAGCGGAGAGGGAGGACGCUGCUUUCCUGCUGCCCGCUGCACGCAUGACAGACAAAUCCUGGCAGCGAGUGCUCUUCUAGGCACAGAAACACCAACAGCGUUCUAAUUGAGCUAUGGAGUGUCCUCUAGACGUCUUCAUCUCAGGUACAACCCUAGGAGUCCACCAGACAAACCAAAUGGACUUGCAAAAGACCUGAACCAGCUGACCCUCUCUCCCCCUCCUGCCACCAUCUCCCCUCCCAAGCAAAGACUGCUAAGGCUGCAAUGUCCCUUUUUACUCCCUGAGCACCUCACCUUUACUCCAAGCCUGGAUCGAAGGUUUUGUUACUGGAGACAUUUUUACGGGGUGGGGACAAGGGCAUAGGGGUGUGGAUGGGGGGGAGGGUGGGGCGUUUCAAGCAGUAAACCCUGUGAUCGUAGAUGUCUCUUAUCUCCAAUGGUUGUGUUUACAGUUUCCUAUUUAUAUCAGCUCCAGGGGCUCUCAGGCUGCCCUGUGGGGCAGUGUCCUCGAGGUGGGAGAGAGCAGGGAGCCCUGCAGUGGGGAACGGGGCUAGAGCCGGCGUGUCUGCCCUGGCCCGGACUGAGGAGGACUGAGCCUCCACCAGCACCCUGCACCAACUCUGCCAGGAGCAAUAUCUGACAAGCUAGAGCUAAUCUAAUGCUGGUGUUUUAUGUAUUUCAUUCACUCCAAACGACUCAGCACAAUAUUUCUAUUUUUAGAAGGGUGUCGUCCCGUCCCCCCCCCCCUUCUCUCUCUCUCUCUCCCUGCCAUCAAGAGCCUCCCUGCCUGCAGCAGCCCCAGCAGCCUCCCCAGCCCCCAGCACUGCUGCUGGCAGGCGGGGGCACCCAGGAGGGAUUAGGAACAAGGACGGUGAGGAUGCAUUUCACUCUGGCAUCAAGCAUUUAUAAAGAGGGCUGCUUUCCACAGCUACUAUAUUUUUAAAAUAAAUAUUAAAAAAGAAAAAAAAAGAAAAAAAAGCCAAACAAAAAACCCCAACAAACCCCAGAAAAGAGCCGGGAUGAAUGUGCUGCCCCAGGCAGGUGGCUGGGCCUGGGGAUGAGCUGGGCUGGGGUUUCCUCUGCAGGCGUGGGUGGUGCUGAGGGGCUCAGCCACGGGCAGCAGGGUGGGAGGCGAGGGCCAGCCGGACAAUAAAAACCCCGUGAGAGCAAUGGCUUCUGGUGGUCUCUUUUCUGCCAGCAUGGCGAGGGCGAGGCUCAGCUCUCAUACAGCCCAAGUCACUUGUCUCUGCUUCUGUCCACCUCCCCUGGACUCCCAAGUGCCAUCCCGAGGUUCUGUGCCCUUUUUCCAGCUGCAGUGCUGCCCCAGGGCUGGGUGCAUCUCAGCUGCCUGACCCUGGGGGGAGGCACAAGGAGACAAGCAGAAAACCUGCAUCUCAAACAUGUUGAAAUGAGAUAUUUUUGCCUUUUCUAAACAGAAUCUUGCAUUUUGAGGAGAUGGAAUAAAAUGCCUGGUGCUGUUUACAUUUCUCUCCCACAUUUUCCCCUGACUCUGCUUAGUGAAUUUGACCUAAAUCCACAAAUCAUUUCAGUUUCCAUCUUCUCAUCCCAUCACAGUUUGUCCAAAACACUUCAACCAUCCCUGAUCCAGACUUCCAAUUUUAGGACCAGACAAUCACAGUCUUGCUUGGCCACCCUGUCACCCAGGGAUAACUCUAAUGUUAAUUAAAUCCACUGAGAAAUAAAACAAUAUCUUUGCCAAAAAAUAGUGAGUUUGUAACAGAUUUAGCCAAUUGAAAAAGUUUCUUCCCCCUUUCCCUCAGGAAAUUGGGCAGGUGAUUUAAAAGGUAUUAGCAGAAAUUAAUUAAAUUGCUAAAUUAUUCUGGAAUACCUUUGGAAUUACAUAUUACAUCUCUGCUGGUUCCUUUGAAAUACAUGUGAUUAGCAUCAGUGCAAUUAACUCCCAAGUAUCUAAUAACAUUCUGCUGCUCUUUUAGGUAAUUAAUUUAUAAGCCUUUGUUUUAUAGUUCUUCCCCAGAGCUGAGCAGAGGAAAACCUUCAGGGAAACCUCUGGAAUGGUGCUGUGAACCCUGGAGGCUGGGAUGUGCCAGCUGAGGCAGUGCCCAGCAUCAGACUGAACCCUGAUGCAGAGAUCUUUUAUCCUGGGGAUAAAAUCAGUGAUCUGGUGGGUUACUCUGGUGGGUUGGGUGUAUUUUUGUCCUGUUUCACCCUGACAGCUAGCCCUGCAUCCUUGCCUUAUAUUGGAACACAUCAAUGUUCCCUUGAGCCUGAGCUGUCACUAAGAUUGCUUGGGGGUGUCUGGCUGUGCUCCCUGAAGGCAGCCUGCAUGGGAAGGGACUAUUGCUUUAUCCUCCUGGUCCCAUCACUUCCAAGAAGGUUUAGGAGUCCCCACAAGUUUUUCUUGAGAUUGCGAGACCCUGCUUUCUACUGCUGAUGUGAGGUUUUUGUCUUUGUGGAGUGGGGUGUUGCUGUGGAAGGGCUGCAUUAGGAGCAGGAGCAGAGGUCCUGGAGGUAAUGCUCACCUGGGAUGCACCACAUCAUUCCCAAAAAGCCACAGGUACUCGAAGCCCACUCUGGUGAAGGGAGAGAGAAGAGGCUUUUCUCAUUUUCUGCUGUUCAACAUCCCCAGGGCUCCGUGUGCAUGGUGCUCUGCCUCAGCAGCACAGCAGCACCUUUCUCUUCAGAGCCAGCUUGGAGCAGGAAUGACGUGCUGGCCCCUUCUCAGCAGCUGCCAGAGGGGAGCAGGGAGGGCAGAGCUGGCUGGGAAAGCAGAGAGCCAGAGCAAAGCCCUUGGGGCAUGGUGACAGCCCAGCAAUAGCAGCACUGCAGCUGCUCUGCCCACUGCCUGCUGUGGGUGAUGCCUCUUCCCCAAAAUCCAGCCCUGCCAGCACAGACAGGACUCCCAGGAGCCACAGAACCAGCAGGAGGUUUGGCACAGUGGCUGGGCAGGGUGGCUGGCUCCCAGCCUGGCUGGUUGUUAGGGGAAGGUGAUAUUUUGCUGCGGGCAAUGAGAACUAAAGGAAACAAUUAAAACUAAAUAGGCUGGAACCGAGCAAUUUUUCAGUUUUCGGCUGAGAAGAAAAAGAGCUCCUUUGUGAACAGUGAAAUCCUCCUGGCAAGCUGUAGGAUCCCACCCGAUGGAGCAAAAGCUGCACAAUUACAAUGCAGAAGGGAUCCCUGUGCUCCAACAGAAAAUACGCAGGGGUGGUGUUCCUUGCUGCCAUCAGAACCAGGCCACUAGCACAAGGCAGCCGUGCCCUUGGCAGGGGAGGCUGGUGGUGCUUUGGGGAUGAGGCUGGUGCUAAACUACCUAUUACCAACCCACUGGUCAGUGCUGAGGCUGCUCCUCCUUCCACGUGACAACCCCUAGAGGAGCCAGGUCCACCCUGUAGCUUGCAGGGCACAUCAGAGUCAUGGCGCACUCUGGAGAUGCAAAAGCUGAGCCUCUGAACCUUUCUGUCAGGCUGGUCCCAAGGGUCAGCAAACUGGCCAGUCCUGCACAGGCACAGAGGAGCUGAUAUCACCUGCUGGCCAGUGGCAAAGGGCUGGGCCAAACCCACACGUGUCCCAGGCAUUGUGGCACUGCAAAGCAGGAGCUCCCAAGUGCAGGAAAGCAAGCCAUGCAGGCUGUUGGAAUGCAUCUAGCCCAGACAAGCCCACCUGGGUAUUGUCUGGCUGUGCAAAAUUUGGGCAAAGUGGCAGCAAAGGGCUUGAACAACUGCAUCCCUGACACUGUAUGUGGAAAGAGCCCAGAGCCAGCUCCUGUGUCCCAACAGGAGGUACCUGCAGUACCUCCUCGCUGCCUUGGCCUGACCCACAGGUUUUACCCUCCUGGAGCUCACACACAGCCCACGGCAGCCGAAGCCUUUGCUGCUGCAUUCAGCUGUGUUCUGGGGGUUGCUGAGUGGGGCUCCAGCCCGUAGUUUUUCUUUCCCAAGGUCCUGGAAGCUCUCACAUGUCCUGCUUGUCCUCACCUCUAUUUGGCAGGUGAAAAUCUCUGAUGCUGCAGCCUCCGUGCAAGGCUGGAGGAGGGUUCAGUCACUGAGCUGAAAGUGCCCCACGGUUCUGCCGCCAGAUUCUCCGUGUUUUCAUGGCUCUGGUGACUUUACAAAGGGCUCAAAGUGCUUGGGAGGAUCUAGGAGAAGAAAUCCACCCACCAGGGCCAUGCAGCACAAGGAUGGACUCUCUGCAGUGCCACCCGGUGCAGCUCCAUGCACUGUCACCUGGAACCAUACAUAAAUAAGGAUUAUUUUUUCCCUUUGGAUCAGUCUGGGUUAAUUUGAUGAGCAGAGACAGACUGAACUUUCAUGACAAUAACUGUUUUCUUCCCUCCUUCCCCAGAUUUCCUUCACUUUUUUAGCUCAGGCCAAUGCUGUGAUAGAAAACACAGGGCAGGUGUCGAGAGCACCAUGACAGCAAUUCCCAUCCUCCCAAAUUCCUCCUGCCCGGGAGCUGUGGUAAAAGUUUGUUUCACACCAAUUUAAUCCUUACUAAAUGCCCUGAAUUCUUCAGUUGUGUCUGGCUUUUAGGUCAGGCAUCCUUGAAGAACAAUAUCCAUUUAAAUUGCUGAUUUGGGCUUGGUAAUUUAAUUUCAUCUUAAUAAAGAUUUUAUGUGGUUUUGACAUA